UUUGACAGCUCGUGCUGCAUGUUUUUUUCGGAAAAUUUUCUUCUUUUUCGUGAAUUUCCUGUAAAAAAAGAAAGAAAAUGAAUAAUUUCUUGAAUUUAAGGCAGGUUCAAAGGCUUCCACGAGGCGUGGUUGCAAAAAUUUCACACAACAUUCGAGCUUUCUCGGCUCAAGCGAGUGCGGAAGAGGAAAUUGUCGUCCCGAAGAGAAUCCACAGAGGUCCCACGGAUAUUUUAAAGGCAUUAGCCGCCACAGUAGGACGUGAUCCGACAGCAGCUCAUUACAAAUAUCACGAUGACCCGUUUUUAAUUCCGGGAUCGAACAUCGGAAAACGUUCUUUUGCCAUGGCCCAAGAAUCCGGAAGGAAAGCUGCACGUUGGAUCCGGCAAACGGACCGACAGUGGUUCAAUCACAUCGUUGCCGAUCCUCCAGUCGAAGCAUUUUUACCUCAAAUCGUCUACGACGAAAACAGCCAAGUUACCGAAGAAAAUUUGAAACAAACCAUCGAAAAUGUGCAAGUAGCUGAUGCCAUUCUCGUCUACAAUCUCCUGGAAAAGAACAAAAUUGAGUUAUCGGAAAAGACAAAAAUGGAUUUCCUGCAGUUAAUUUGCUUCUUUAACGCUGAAGACACUUUGGACGAAGAAUGGCUCGAGGAACGUUGGUUCCGGCAAGGCAUGCAGUCGCAAGAUCGUCGUCGGCGAACGUGGAAAGAUGGAGAUUUAGCCGAAAAUAUCUUCAACAGCUUGGAAACGAAGACUUCGGAAGCUUAUUGCGCGAUAAUUCGAGGCAUGACGAAAUUCUAUCAGACUCAAAAGGCCUUCGCUUUGUACCAGGAGGCUUUGGAGAAAAAUAUCGAGCUUGAUACAACGACUUAUAACUAUUUAAUCGGCAUUUCGAGCUUGAUGAAGGAAAGUCCGGAGCUCCAAUUAGACAUGUGCAUGGAAUUUCUGAAGACAAUGAAGCAACAAAAUGUCGCCCCGAACCUCGGAACACUAAAUGCGGUCCUGCAAAUCUGUAGUUCGUUAAAAAAUUCAAAAAUCGCUCAGCAAAGUGCCCUAAGAACACUUGCGGAAUUCAAAAAUAUCGGCAUUGAACCGUCGCUGGCGUCGUGGUAUUACGUUCUCAUCACUUUUUGCAAGGAACGGGGUCCCGUAAGUCACGUUUUGGUCGACAUCUUGAACGAAAUCAGCGGAAAAUCCUUCGAAAUCCGUGAUCAAAAGGAUAUUUUCUUCUUCGUAACAGCCAUGGAUAUUUGUCGAAACCAUUUGAACGACAAAGACAUCGCGAAACGCGUCGAUAAGCUACUCCACACGGCAAAUAAUUACAAUUUAAUAGGCGAUGCGUACAAAGAAAGUGUCUAUUAUCGCAACUACGUCGGUUUAAUGGCAGAUACGGAGCCAAUUGAGGACUUUAUGGAGACCUACAAUCGUUUAGUGCCCAAUAUCUACACGCCCGAACCCGGAAUUAUGCAAGAAGUGUUAAAAGCCGUCGAACGCGCUGCUGCUAUCGAACAUAUUCCGCUUCUCUGGUCCCAUAUGGUCAUCUUCGAUUACGCUAGUCGCGAUCAAAUGGUCAGCAAAUUAGUCCAAAUUAUGGUUGACAACGCCCCCCAUCCAGAAGUCCUUCAUCAUGCCAAUCUCCCGGAGCAGUUUAACCGUGUUGCCUCGGAAAUUUGGGAAAAAUUAAUCGAUUUGAGUGAAAAACGACCAGAUCACUUCCGUUGGUCAGGUCCCGUACUCGGAGAUUUACUUUUCCUCUUCUGUCGCGGCAAAAAUUUCGAAAACGCGGAAAAAGUUUUUAAAAAAAUCAACAAAUGCGAGAACGAGAUGAUUGGCGAACCGAGACCGGAUGCCUUGGAAAGCUUUGGAAACUAUUGUAUCGCGGAGAAACAACCGUCGUUGGCGAUUAGUGUCUUGCAAUUCUGCGUGGAGAACGGAUAUCCCGAAGGAAAGAAGCUCGCGGAGAACUUGACGAAAAAUUUGACGCUGGAUGAGAUGCAAGGUAUCAAAGUUCGAAGUCUUCUGGGACAAAGUGUGCCUCAGUAAACGGCUUUUUUAGGUAGAAUUUUGAGUUUUUAAUAGGAAAAAAAAAAAUAAAAUUAGGUUACAAACUCUCGUUUUUAUUUUAUUAUUCUACGUUUAUAGUUUAGUCAUAUUUAGUUAUAAAAUAUAUUAGAAAUUUUGACUUGUGAGUAUAAAUUUUGAAAAUUCAUAAAUAUACAAACUACUU